AUGUCGAACGCGAUAGAGGAUCCCCGGGUCAGGGCGGCCAUUGAGCACUACCUGUUAGAUCUGGAGAACACCCAGCCGAAGAAUACGAAGCGAAAUUAUCGUCCCAAGCAGGAAGAAUGGAAGGAGUGGUGUCAAGCCAACUGGCCUGCGAUCCCGGACGUUUGGCCGGCCUCGGUACCACAGGGCCAACAGCUACCGGGAGACCUGGUCGAUGAAGGAAAGCUCUUGCUCUUCAUGAAGGAGGUAGUGGCAUCACGUCCUCCAAAGAAAGGAAAGAGGGUCGCCGAUGAAAGAAAACGACACCUCGAGGCUCAGGAAGCCAAGAGGGCCGUGAAAGACGCAGAGCACCAUCAGAUACCAUCGUUAAAAGGCGGAAAGGUUUCCGUCUUCCAAAGAAGCGAAGACUGGUAUGAAACGAAGGUGCUCCGCCGAUCGGCGAAGGAGCCUCAAGCUCCGUUGUCGGGCCAGACUGCCCGAGAAUGGACGUCCAGGUUCUACAAGAAGGCCGGCAUCAAGGUCUCCAAGGUCAGCCACGCGCCUAGAGUGGCGGCGACGCAAAACGCCGACAUGGCCGGAGUGGAUGAAGGCCAGAUCCGCCGAGCCGGUCGUUGGAAUAACGGAGACCAAAUGACCGGCUGCUAUCUGACUUCCUGCCUUUCGAAUUCAUGA